CUCGGGGUCUUACAUACCCGGAUACAUGAAUAUUCCAAUCACUUGUGACACCGGUUUCUCUCCCAUUCGCACAGCGUAUUAUUACCCCUUUCCAUGUUAUCUCCCAAAGUCAUUGCCUCUGUCCAUAGAUAUAAACUAGCACGGUUCUUUUAUAUAUUGGUUGGCCUGCCCGGUAAAGUCAAUCUUAUCUGCAUCCUCUGUACGCCAAAAUCAAAUAGGAGAAGCGAUAAACGCCACAAAGCCCUCGCAAUUGCAGCCCCGUGAAACGUCGCAAAAAGAAAAAGAAAAAGAAAAAUGCCGCUGAAGAUCAUUAUCUGUGGUGGCGGUAUUGGCGGGCUCUCAGCGGCAGGAUAUCUUCGAGCCAAUCAUGAUGUCACAGUCCUCGAACGUAGCAAACUCGACUUCACGAUAAACGAUUACGGGCUUUCUGUCGUUGCCAAUGCUUUCAACCUCCUCCAGAAAGCUGGGAUAAAACAAGAGAAUCUAGACAUGGUCGUUAUGACACAUCUAUGGUUAAGAACCCAUAACAACGAGGAAAUGAGGACUGAGCAUUUCGAUACGAGAGCGAGAUUUGGUGGUGCCCCCUCUGUCUUACUUAAGCGGGCCAAGCUGCAGGAGGAAUUGAUGCGGUUCGCAACCAGCAACGAGUUUGCUGGGGGACCCGCUAAAGUUAUUGAGAACGCUAAGGUUACUCGAGUUGAUGCUGGCGCAGGAAAGGUUUGGUCCGAGGAUGGUCAAGUUUUUGAAGGCGACUUGAUCAUUGGGGCAGACGGUAUUCACUCAAUAGUCCGAAGCGCCGUGCUUGGAGGCGAAACGCCAUCGCGCAUAAGAAACACCGACACGAUAACUUUUAUGGCCAAGCUAUCGGUAGAGGAUCUUCGAUCUGACGCCAGCUUCGCAUACCUAGCCGAUCCCGCGAAGCAGGCUGGGCUUUGCAGCGCAUACGCGAAGUCUGGUCCUGAAGUAAAGAAGCGUAUUCUCACAUACCACACUUCACUCCAUGGCCUUCAAGUUGUCGGCUAUACUGUAGAGAACGAGUUCGCCGAGAAAUUCGCAUCGGCCAAAUCGGCCAUAAUUAAAGAUAUUCCUAUUUCAAGAGUGGUCGAGGAUUUUGCCCCGGAGUUCUCGGAUGACCUAGUUAACCUCUUUCGACAUAGCAAAGUCGAUGCGUGGAAGAUCCGCGACUUGGCGUCUAUGGAUACUUGGUACUCCGGCAAGGCUCUACUGAUCGGGGACGCUGUCCAUGCAGUAACCCCGCAUGCCGGCCAGGGAGCGAAUAUCACAAUUGAAGACGCUGAAGCUUUGGGGUAUCUCCUACGUGACGUUGAGUCGUCCGAUGCUAUUCCAGAUGUCCUAGAGAAAUUCGUGUCCCUACGCAAGGAUCGCGUCAAUUUCGUCACACGCCGUUCACGCGAGUUAGGUAACAUACAAACCGACGAAGACAGAACGAAGGUGCCGAUUACCUCCGCGGAGUUCGCGAAGGAGAUCUACACUUACCUAGGUGCUGAACACGCAUUGAAGGUACCGAAACCUCCAAUUGGAGCGGAGGCCACGAAGGGUGCGAAUUAAUGCUUUGAUCUGUGGGAAGUAGAAAGGCGUCAUUGGACUGCUAUGCAGAAUCCUAUUUUAAAAUGUAGACCGUUUUAGUUCGGGGGAGAUUUACUCCCCAAUAUAGUUACUCGUGGGCUUAGUAAAAUGUAGAGAAGUGAGUCCAUUAUCACCCUUACACUAUCUAACAGCAUCCCUCCCCGGAAGUUGUCGCUUCUUUUC